AUGGCGCACUCGGUUAAAUUUCUAUCGUUGCAAAAGUCGGAGUUAGAAUACGAAGUUGCCAUUAGAGGUGCCACCCCGGCUGACACAGUCAGAGAGUUACGCGAGCAGAUUGCUAAAUUAGGUCCACUCUUUCCUUCGGAGGACAUUCUCGAGAGCGUUUUGUCUGUCGGCGAUGAUUUAAAGGGAGUCAGCGAUGCUUUAAUUAAGCUAAGAGCAUAUAUCGAGGCGCCUAGCGAUGGGAAUGCGUUGCUUCGUGCUCGCAACCUCAUUAACCACCUCCAUCAUCGACUCAACCGUAUAGUUUGUGAUAGCACGACCCAGCAAGGGGUGGUGGAUACGUGUGUUUCGGAAUACAGGCGACUUUUGGAACGCUAUAAUGCUAUUACUGCUACUGAUUCCACCCCUUCUCUGGCAUCUAGAGACCCUCAGUCUACUGCUGCUUUACCUCUCAACGUUAACGUAACUUGUGAGCGCGGCGUGGCUAGUGAGUUCACUAAGUUUAAGUUCGACGGCAAAUCUUGCGUUCGUGCAUUUAUCCAGCGCAUCAAUGAAUACAGCCAGUCGAGGAAUAUACCGGGGGAAAAACUGCUGUCUUACUGCGCUGAGAUUUUUACCGGCGAUGCCUUGCAUUGGUAUCGUGCCAUUCGGGACCAGGUAUCUAAUUGGGACGAGUUAGUUUCCCUUCUUAGAGAAGAUUUCGACCAGGCCGAUUAUGAUUACAGACUCUUGUCGGAGAUUCGGGCCAGAACUCAGGGCGAGUCUGAAAAUAUAACUAUUUACAUUUCUAUUAUGACUGGGCUAUUCUCACGUUUGUCCAAGAGCCUGUCUAACGAAGACAAACUUGAGAUCAUUUUACAUAACAUCCGCCCAUGCUACGCCAGCACCUUAGCUUCUGUCCCGAAGAUCUCAGACCUCGACACCUUGCGUUCGCUCUGUCGUAAUUACGAGAACAUUCAGGCUCGCCUAGUGGGAUUCCACGAACCUCCGAAGGUCUCUUCAGGAACACUGGCGCCAGAGUUUGCUUACGCUGGUCAGUCUGCAAGUAGGUUUAAUCAAGGCAGCGGCCAAAGUUUCAAUAAAAGACCUUACAAUAACUUUUACAAUAAAAGCAACAAUAAUUACAAUACAGUUGAUACAAUUCUGCUGGACAAACCAUUGCAUGAUCCUAGACCUUACGCUUGUGUACAAAUCAAUGAUUUUAAGCUAUUUGGCCUCUUAGAUUCAGGCUCAGCUGUGUCCAUUUUAGGUGAUAAAGCUUAUAGAAAGCUAGAGGAGCGGGGUUUACAGCUGCAUAGGGACAACUUAAUUACAGUCACGGCUGCUGGGGGUCAAUCUAUGACCAGCAUUGGCUAUAUGUUUCUCCCUAUAAACUUUGAGAAUGAGUACCAUAUAAUUAAGUCAUUUGUUGUGCCAGACAUCAAUAUUGAUCUCGUGUUGGGGAUCGAUUUUUGGCGCGAGUUUAACAUUUUUCCUAGACAUUUCUCAAGCAUUACAUUUUCUAAUGCCGCAGUAUUGAAUGCUAGCCUUAGUACCGAUUCUAGCACUUUCAUACAAGCGUAUGACCACUUAACUGUUUCGGAGAGAUCAGUGGCGGAUGACAUCAUUUCUCAAUUUAGCGACAUUUCCGCCGAACGUCGGGGUUUGGGCGAGACGAGUUUGGUCACUCACCGUAUUGAUACGGGAGAUGCUGAGCCAGUUCGUCAAAGGUACUAUAGGUUGUCUCCAGAGAAGCAGCGGAUCCUUGCCGAGCAGGUCGACGAGAUGCUGGCUCUGGACGUAAUUGAGCAGUGCGAAAGUGCUUGGUCAUCACCAGUUCUCAUUGUUACGAAGAAAAACGGUCAGCCUCGGUUUUGCCUCGACAGCCGCAAGCUCAAUUCCAUCACGAAGCGCGACGCCUAUAGUCUACCCUACAUUUCCGAGAUCUUGGAUAAUCUUCGCGAUGCUCGCUACUUAUCUAGUAUCGAUUUAUCCAAAGCCUUUUGGCAGAUACCUAUAGCACAGGAGGACCGGGACAAGACUGCUUUUUAUGUGCCUAAUCGCGGUACCUAUCGUUUUAAGCGCACUGCUUUUGGUUUAACUAACGCCCCGGCUACACAGCAAAGGUUGGUUGAUCUGUUAUUUAGGGAAUUUGACCUCAAAGUCUUUGCAUACCUAGACGACAUUAUUAUCGUCUCAAACGACUUCAAUUCCCAUGUUUCCCUGUUACUUCGGGUUCUUAAUAAGCUGAAACAGGCCAACCUCACUGUAAACCUAGAGAAAUGUCAAUUCUUCCGCAGUCAGCUCAAAUACCUGGGUUACGUCGUUGAUAGUAGUGGUUUACGUACCGAUCCUGAGAAGGUGGAAGCAAUCCUCAAUUACCCGACACCUACAUGUCGUAAGGACGUUAAGCGCUUCCUCGGGACUGCUACUUGGUAUUGUCGUUUCGUCCCCAAUUUUAGUACCAUUGCAGGCCCCUUAAACAAGUUAACUUCGAGUAAGAAGGGUGGACCACCUUUUGUCUGGUCUGCCGAAGCUGAUGCUGCCUUCAAGAAACUUAAGGAGUGUUUAGUUUCCGCUCCUGUUCUUUCCUGCCCUGACUACGAUAAGCCAUUCGAAGUACACACCGAUGCCAGCAAUUACGGCGUGGGUGCGAUGCUGACGCAGACUAUAGAUGGUAAGGAGCACCCCGUUGCUUAUAUGAGCAAGUCGUUGUCAGCAGCAGAGAGGAACUACAGUAUAACGGAGCGUGAGACAUUAGCUGUCGUCAUCGCCCUGGAGCACUGGAGGUGUUACUUGGAGAACGGACGUGGUGAAGUUCGUUGCCUCCUGCGAGAAGUGCUUGUCUUACAAGACUCAAAAUCACCAAACCUUGGGAGAAAUGGGCCGCCCGAAGCAGUGUUCUAG